AUGAUGAAUGAAUCCUUCUAUAGAAUUUGUUUUUAGACCUUAAUAACUCUAUGUGAAUUAAAGCUAAUAACAAAUUAAGAAAAACUUUAUCUCAAAAAGAUAGUAGUUCAUCAAUAAUUUUAAAUUCCAGAAAAUUUAGAUAUUAACUAACUUUCUUUGUUUUUUAUAUAUUACAUAAAAAAAUAAAGGAGAUAGCUAGAAAUAAAAAAUAGUGAACUUUUGAUUAUAGAUGAAGAGACUGAUGAAGAAUAGGCAUGA